GCCUCGCUGAUGGCGUGUUCUGCUUUUCCUUUCAGUUUCCCCGUUCCCAGGGAGAGGAUGGUCUCUGCCCAGCCCGGGUUCUUCGGCUGACAGGUGCGCCCCGUUGAAUGAAACAAGGCAUUGUGUUUCCCUGGCAUUUUGCAGCAUGGACACCACGUUGCUCACACCCUGCUUGCGGGCGGCCAGUGAAUUUAUGUCUUGCGGUUUCGCCACAAACAUCGUAGUUCCCCUUUUCUUGAGUUAAUACUUUGGAGUUAAUGUCACAAUGAGUUCAGGCUUAUGGAGCCAAGAAAAAGUCACUUCGCCCUACUGGGAAGAGCGCAUUUUCUACCUGCUCCUCCAGGAAUACAGCGUGACCGACAAGCAAACCCAGAAGGUCCUCAAAGUCCCCAAGGGGGCGAUCGGGCAGUACGUCCAAGACCGAGCUGUGGGCCACUCCAGGGCCCCUUCGGCCAAAGGCAAGAAGAAUCAGAUCGGCUUGAAAAUCCUCGAGCAGCCGCACGCAGUGCUCUUCGUGGACGAAAAGGACGUGCUGGAGAUCAAUGAGAAGUACACGGAGUUGCUCCUGGCGAUCACUAAUUGGGAGGAGCGGCUCAGCCUGCUGGACAACAAAACCAGGCUGAGCAAGGGCCUCCACGUGGACGUGGGCAGCCACGUGAAGGUGCAGCUGAGGCCCGGGGAGGAAAAGUUCCCCGGAGUCGUGCGCUUCCGGGGCCCCCUGCUAGCGGAGAGGACCGUGUCCGGAAUAUUCUUCGGGGUAGAGUUACUGGAAGAAGGUCGCGGCCAAGGCUUCACGGACGGGGUCUACCAAGGGAAGCAGCUCUUCCAGUGUGACGAAGACUGCGGCGUGUUUGUGGCGUUGGACAAGCUAGAAAUCAUAGACGAGGAUGACAACGGAUUGGAGAGUGACUACGCAGGUCCCGGGGACGCAGCGCAGGUGGAACUCCCGCCUCUGGAAAUUAACUCGAGGGUUUCUCUGAAAAUCGGAGAAGGCUUAGAGUCCGGCACAGUUAUCUUCUGUGGCACUUUGCCGGGAAAAGAAAACUUAGGAUACUUCGUUGGUGUGGACAUGGAUAACCCCAUUGGCAACUGGGACGGCAGGUUUGACGGCGUGCCGCUCUGCAGCUUUGCAAGCGUGGAGAGCACGCUCCUCCUGCACAUCAACGACAUCAUCCCAGAUAGCGUGACCGAGGAGAGGAGGCCUCCCAAGCUGGCCUUUGCGUCAAGAGGCACUGGGGACAAAGGUUCCUCCAGUCACAACAAACCAAAGGUGACAGGCUCUACCUCAGACCCUGGAAGUAGAAACCGAUCUGAAUUAUUUUAUACCUUAAAUGGGUCUUCUGUGGACUCACAGCUGCCACCCAAGUCAAAAAACACGUGGUACAUCGAUGAAGUUGCCGAGGACUCUGCCAAGUCGCUUACCGAGCUGCCUCCGGAGCUGGGACAGGCGUCGCCCCCUCUGCAGCCCCCGACCAUGAACUCGCUGUCCAGCGAGAACCGAUUCCACUCCUUACCCUUCAGCCUGACCAAGAUGCCCAAUGCCAACGGCACCAUCGGCCACAGCCCGCUCUCCCUGUCCGUCCAGUCGGUGAUGGGCGAGCUGAACACCACGUCUGUCCCGGACAGCCCGCCCGUGGCCGCGUCCCCCGGGAGCUCCCACGGGCUGGAGGUGGGCUCGCUGGCGGAAGUCAAGGAGAACCCUCCUUUCUACGGGGUGAUCCGCUGGAUCGGGCAGCCGCCGGGCCUCAGCGAAGUCCUCGCCGGGCUGGAGCUGGAGGACGAGUGCACGGGCUGCACGGACGGCACCUUCCGGGGCACCCGCUACUUCACCUGCGCCCUGAGGAAGGCCCUCUUCGUCAAGCUCAAGAGCUGCCGGCCCGACUCGAGGUUCGCGUCCCUGCAGCCGGUGUCCAACCAGAUCGAGCGCUGCAACUCUCUAGCCUUUGGAGGCUACUUGAGUGAAGUAGUGGAAGAAAAUACUCCACCGAGAAUGGAAAAAGAAGGUUUGGAGAUCAUGAUUGGAAAGAAGAAAGGUAUCCAGGGCCAUUACAAUUCUUGUUACUUGGACUCGACCUUGUUCUGCUUGUUUGCCUUCAGUUCUGUUCUGGACACCGUGUUGCUUCGGCCCAAAGACAAGGACGACGUGGAGUAUUACAGUGAGACGCAGGAGCUCCUGCGGACAGAGAUCGUCAACCCGCUGCGGAUAUAUGGAUAUGUGUGUGCCACAAAGAUUAUGAAACUGAGGAAAAUACUUGAAAAAGUUGGGGCUGCGUCAGGAUUUACCUCUGAAGAGAAAGAUCCUGAAGAAUUCUUGAAUAUCUUGUUUCAUCAUAUUUUAAGGGUGGAACCAUUGUUAAAAAUAAGGUCAGCGGGUCAAAAAGUACAAGAUUGUUACUUCUAUCAAAUUUUUAUGGAAAAAAAUGAGAAAGUUGGAGUUCCUACAAUCCAGCAGCUGCUAGAAUGGUCUUUUAUCAACAGCAACCUGAAAUUUGCAGAGGCCCCGUCGUGCCUGAUCAUCCAGAUGCCUCGGUUUGGGAAGGACUUUAAGCUGUUUAAGAAGAUCUUCCCUUCCCUGGAGCUGAACAUCACAGACUUGCUGGAAGACACCCCCCGACAGUGCCGCAUCUGCGGAGGGCUGGCCAUGUACGAGUGCCGCGAGUGCUACGAGGACCCCGACAUCGCGGCCGGGACCAUCAAGCAGUUCUGCAAGGACUGCAACACCCAGGUCCACUUCCACCCCAAGAGGGCGAACCACAAGUAUAACCCGGUGUCCCUGCCCAAAGACCUGCCCGACCGGGACUGGAGGCACAGCUGCGUCCCCUGCCAGAAGAUGGAGCUGUUCGCCGUGCUCUGCAUCGAGACCAGCCACUACGUGGCCUUCGUCAAGUACGGCCGGGACGACUCCGCCUGGCUCUUCUUCGACAGCAUGGCCGACCGGGACGGUGGUCAGAACGGCUUCAACAUCCCUCAGGUGACCCCGUGCCCCGAGGUCCGGGAGUACCUGAAGAUGUCGCCGGAGGACCUGCACUCCCUGGACUCGCGGCGCAUCCAGGGCUGCGCGCGCAGGCUGCUGUGCGACGCGUACAUGUGCAUGUACCAGAGCCCCACCAUGAGCCUGUACAAGUAGCGGCAGGUGCAGAGCCGCCCCGCAUG